AUGACAGAAAUUCUUUGUAGAUGGCUCAAUGAUGAGCUGUCAAUAUCUCAGAGAGUCGACCAAAAGUCAUUUUCUCGAGAAUUUUCUUCUGGAUAUCUGAUAGGGGAGGUCUUACAUAAGUACCAGCUACAAGAUGAUUUUGAUCAAUUUUCCCAAAACAAGACUGCAGAUUCAAAGCUCAAUAAUUUCACUCGUAUUGAGCCUACCCUUCAUCUUCUGGCUAUACCAUUUGAUACCAAUGUUGCACGUGAUGUGAUGACAGAAAAACAUGGGGUGGCUACAAGGCUCAUGUAUCAACUUUAUAUUGCUCUGAAUAACAAAAAGAAGGCAAACCUCACAGGUGUUGCCAUGGAAACCAUGAGGCCAGCUGCUCCAGCUAAACUGAAUGCUGUGGAAACUGGUAUCUAUGUUGAGCGAUUAAAACAUGCCACCCCAAGACAAACAGAUUUAAAUUUGGAAGCCCUUGUUGACAGAUUUCAUGAAAAACAAAUUGAGAUGGAAAAAACAGCAUUUAAAGACAGAUUUUUGGAACAAGAGCGUAUCAAAGGACAACAACAGAGUCAAAGAGAGGCUUUACUUAAUAGGUCUCGUUUGAUGAGAGAAAAACAGAGUGAACUUGUUGCUAAAAUUCAAGCAGCAACAGUGCAUAUACCCAAACCUCCACCAGGCAAAACAGCUAAGGCCAUUCAGAAAAAAAGGGACAUGAGGAAGAAAAAAGAAGCUAAUGAAACACAGCAGUCAAUAUUUCAUUUUGAGGAUAAAAUGAAGAUGAUUUUGCCACCAUCAAAGGAGGAUGAAGAUUCUAUAGACCUGGAGUACAUCAUGGUGAGAGAUGAGGAGAAACCUAUGGCUGAAUCAAUAGACCUCAUCAAACCAGCUUCAAAUGAUGAAUACAUUGGCAAGAUUCGUAAGCGACUUCAAGAGGACCAAGCAGCCAGAAAUGAGCGUGAAAAACGACGGAGGAAAGUCCUUGUUGACCAGCUAAUGGCACAUGAUUCCCAAGAGGAGGCACGCCGAGAAGAGAUGCUGGUAAACCGUUUGAUGAGACAGUCUCAACAGGAAAGGAGGAUUGCUGUACAACUUCUGCAGACACGUCAUGAGAAGGAAGUCAUUCGUAAAAACAGGAUUCUCCGUGAGAAACAGUAUGAGGAGCGGCGUCUGAAGGACUUCGAAGAUGCACUCAACAGAGAAGCUGAUCUGGCUAGACUUGCUCGUGAAGAAUAUGAAGAGCAAACUCGUAAAGAUCAGCAAAAACAUGACCAGAUUGCUGCAGAACGUGCUGAGAACAAAUACAGGAAGCAUUAUGACAUGUGUAUGGAUGUUGUUAACGAGUUGGUAAACUUCACCUGUAAAGUUGGUGAAUACAGAGAGCUCACUGAUAAGUUACUACCUGCGAAGCUGAUGCGAGAAUGGAAAUCCCUGUUUGUGGCAGGCAAACCUCUAUUUGAGCAGGCUGCACCUGUUGAGUCGACAGAACCAACCCCAGAACAGAUCCUGGAGGAGGAGCGACAACAGUUGUUAGAUGAGGGUGAUUUCAUGGAGUAUAAGAACAUGACCGGAGAGUGGCAGCCCCCUGAAGGAUGUGAAGUGACCAAGCCCCCACGGGACAACCCUAUCAUGGGCCACAUUAUACAGAGGCUCUUCAACAUGGUCCAUCCUCCAAGUCCUCCUCCACCACCUCCAGAGUUCCCUCCCUUCCCAAUACGUGCUUGCAUACUUGGAAAAGUCUUUAGUGGAAAGUCUACAGCUGUGAAAAAACUAGCUGAAGAACAUCGCUUGAUGGUGCUGUCAUCUGAUGAGUUAAUCAACGAAGCAGUAGAAGCACACAAAGCUGGGGAAACUAUGAUGGUCGAGGAGUCUGAGUCAACAACAGUUGAUGAGAGAUCAGCUACAGACUUAGGAGACCAGCCAUCAGCACCAACUGACCUUGAUGCAUCUGCAGCAAGCUUGGGUGACAAACCAACAGAACCUCCAUCAGAAGAACCAGUUGUUACAGAGGGUGAUGCUGCUGCAGAACCAACUGAAACAGCACCAGGUGCGGAGCCAUCUGCCUCUACCGAACAGGUUGAUGCAACCAAGAAAGCCAAGAAGCCAAAAGAGAAGGCAGCCCCAAAACCAGUGCCAACAAAUCGUUCCAAACUUGGAGCGAAGGCAUUGAGGUAUCUGAAGAGAGGUGCCCCAAUAGAUGAUCAAAUCAUAGUGGAUAUUUUGGUUGACAAAAUCAGAAACAUUCCAGAAGGUACAGGCUGGGUACUGGAUGGCUUCCCUGCCAACUACAACCAGGCUAAGGUGCUGGAGAAGGCACUCACUGGAUUUGCUGCUGGCCAGGAGAAAGAAAAGAAGCAAGGCAAGCAAAAACGUUCAAGUCUUGUUCCAGACCCUCGACCUGCUCCGCCACCACCAGAACCCGCAAGUGGAAUUGAUGUGGUGAUACAGUUUGACAUCACUGAUGAGCUUUGUCUCAAGAGGGCAGCUGGAAGAUCUUAUGCGCCUCAAUCUGACGUGAAGUACCACCAGGAGUUUAACCCCCCACCAGAGGGGAGUGCCACAGGAGUAGGCAAACAAGAACAGGUGGUAGCAAUAGAAGACCAAGCCCAUGAUCAGGAACAAAUCCAGCACAGAAUCACUCGUUUCCUGGAUGCCUGGCCCAAACUGGAGAAAUGGUAUGUAAAGUUUGGUACCUUGACAAAGGUAGAUGCGUCUCAAGGUGCUCACUCAGUGUAUCUGGAGGUAGAGAAGAUCCUUGAGGACACAAUGAACAGGCUACAAGGCAUAAAGGACCCAGAGAGCUCAGCUGCACCUGCUGAAAUCAUGGAGCCUGUUGAGGUUAAGGAGGAACCACCACCACCACCACCAGAACCUCCCAAGGAAGAAGUUAAGGAGGAAGUGAGACCUUCCUCAAGGAAAGGAUCAGGAAAGAAAUCAGGGUCACGACCUUCAUCAAAAGAAUCAAGGAGCAAAUCACCCAAAGACAAAAAGAGUGCCUCUCCUAAACGAGGAAGUGGCAAGAAAUCAGAAAAUGGAAGUGCCAAGAAAGGCAGCAGGGGAUCAUCACCUAAAUCUAGGACAAAAUCAGGAAAGAAGGGCAAGACUCCUGAACCUGAACCAGAGCCAGAACCAGAAGAACCCAAAGGACCUCCACCCCCAGAACCAGGUUCAGAAGAGUGGGAAUUUGUCAACCUCAAAUUGGAAGAUGAGAUUGCCACUAUCCUUGCUAAUUACUGGGAGUCUACAGAACAGACUUAUGUCAAAAAUUCCAAACAUGUAUUCCGUAAAGAGAGGGAGGAACGAGAAAAUAUUUAUAGAUAUUUCCAUCAAAUUAGGAAAGAUUUCUUGGCCUUCCUGCGGAGACCUGAUAACAAACAGGUGUAUGAGGCGCAGUGGCAGAAAGAAUAUAAUGAGGUACCAGAUGAUAUGAGAGAUGAUGAGGAGACAAAGACAGAAUUACACCAGCGUGUAGAUGACCUUCGUGAGGACCUCUGGUCGAUCUGUGAUGCCCGUAAAGCACAGUCAGAAGAAGAACGUGAGAACAUCAUCAGUGAUGGUUGGCUGGAUGACCGUCUGGGCGUGCUCAGUAACUACUACCUGACACAGAUGCAGGCUGAGGUUGACAGGUACCAGGACACUGUUCGAGUGAUGAAAGAUUAUUACCGUGGCAUGGAAGGAACCAUUCCUGAUGAACUCAACGCUAACUACAGCAGGAUACCCCUCAUAGAGCUGCCAGUAGACCGCCCUGACUCCCCUGACAAGGCUGCCAGUGAAACUACCCCUACCCCUCCAGCCCAGGAGGAGCCACCCCGAACACCCAGAUCUGGGGACCGGCCUCGUUCAAGCCGAUCCAAGUCACCAAAGGAACGGAAAUCAAGAACACCUUCUGGAAAGAAACGUGACAAGAGUAAGGAAAAGAAAACAGAAUCUGCUGAGCCUACACCAACUGAAGAGACUGGUCGUAAAAGAAUUCCACUGGUUCCCCGGCGACCAGUAUCACCAGAUGCAGAUGCCAAGGCUGGAGGAGCCUCGGGUAAGGACAAGAAAGACAAGAAGGGAGGAAAGAAGGAUGAAACAAGUGGAUCAGAGAGUCCUGCCCCUCCCAUGGAUCCUGAUGAGAAACUCAUCUAUGAUGCUUACCAGACUGGGGUUACAGGCUUGGGUCAGAUUCUCCAAGCAGAAUAUGCUGCCAGAGAGGCUCAAGAGGAGGCAGAGAAGAGGAAAGAUGAAGAAAGAGAGCGAGAGAAGCAAGCAGCUGCAGCUGCUGCAACCAAAGCCAAGGGUGCAAAGGAUAAGGGAAAGAAGGGCAAGAGUCGCAGCCCCUCACCCAAGAAAAAGAAGGACACGGACUCGCAGGCCACUCCCACACCUUCGGAAGACCUUAGUGAAGAAGAUAAGCAGAAGAAGGAGACAAGGGAGAAGAUGAGAGAGGAAUACUUCUUUGCUAUCCAGGAAGAAGAACAAGCAUGUAAGACACGUCUGGAGCUGAUCAAAGCACAUGCUGUUGGAGUACUACAGGACUUAAAGAGUAAAGCAGACAACAGUUACAAGGAUAUGAAUGACUGGCUCGGUGCCAGGUUCCUUAAAGAGAUGGAAAGUAUUGAUCAGAUGUCGGAAGUGAUGAGAAAUGCCAUUGAAAACAAACAGAAACUGAAACAGGAACUUGUCCUCAAUCAGGAAGACUUCCUCCUUAAUGAAGGAUUGAAGGUGUUACGGUCACCACUACCUCCCACUCCACCUCCUCCUGUAGAGUUGGCUACGGUGGACACAUUUACGGUGGAACAACUCACCAAUAUGUACAAACAGUUUACUGCCAUAGCUCCAACAGGCGUCCUCUCUGCCAGAUCAUUCACAGAGACGUUUGAGAACAUUGUGUCCGUAGCCCAUGGAAUGGAACAACUCCCUGACAUGUGGAUGAAUAUCAGUUCAGGGCAGAUCCAAGAGAUAACAUCUGGUCUGUCUGCUGAUGGGGAAUAUGUUGACUGGCGACGGUUCCUCCUGGCCAUUGCCCAGCCCAUCCCUUACCCAACCCAGUCAGACCUACUAGAAACCAUUGCAAAAUUCAAAGAGAUGGAUCAGCGUGGCACAGGCAACGUCACGCGGGAACAAUAUGACAGAUUGAACCUUUGGUUUGGGAGCCAGCCAGGUGAUGAUGUCUUCAAUAGAUUAGCCAAUCUUAAGAGAUGCCUGUUUGAUUUCUUUGCUGAUCACAGUCGCAACCCUCCUACACUGGACUAUGUCAGCAUGUUAAUGUACUUUGGUGCUUCGUCCCAUGCAAACGAGGGAUUCUUGCGCUCACUCAGUGUAUCAGCAGGCCAGCACAUGCCUAGACUGCCAAAACCAGAACCUACGGCUCCCAGUAUAGCAGAAAGUACACCGGAUAUUGUGGAUGACCCCUCGCCACCCCCUCCCAUCCCCACAGAUAUCCCUGCUGAAGCAAUGGAUGCCUUAGUUCCUCUUGAGGCUCUGUACCGUGUGUUCCACCAUGGGGAGUCAGCCAAGGGUGACAGCCAUCGUUUCAGUGUAUGUGCUGACCCAGAAGAUGCCACGUCUAGGGAGAAGCUGUCAAGUGUCUACCAGGAACUUGGAAGUGAUAAUGCUGAACCUGUCCCCUUUAAGGUUCUAAUGGAGCACCCCCUCAUUCAAGACAUCGUUAAUGCCUGUAGCACAUUCAAAACACUGGAUAUUAAGGGCAUUCUGUCCAACCCCCAUCCAGAUUUGGAUCUCCAUAGCACCAAGACUAUGGAAUAG